AUGAAGGCAAGGCCGGCCUUCGCUUUCACGCCCGCAAGUCGGAAGCAGGACGACGCCAUGGGCUGUUGUGCCAGCCAGACUGUAGCCGACGAUCCACAGCCACUAGGGCAAGAAGACGCAGCAAAGAUCUCGAAGGAGGUGCCCUCGACCUGCGCUUCUCAUGCCGAGUUCGCCGCAACCGGAGCUGCUGGAGGUUAUGAUGCUUCCCCUCCGCAGCCACUACUUCCAGGAGAAGCAGUCGGGGAAGUCGAACUGCCUGACAAGGACGCCUCGGAAGACUUGGACUGUGACGGGCCGGAGCUGCAAGAGAAGCCACAGGAGGUGAGCCCAGCUGCCGCAUCACCUAUGGCUGAGGUACACAAAGACCGCUCUUGGCAUGAGUCGGCGGCAUCAGGAGAUGUGCCCACCUUGGCCUGGCAUUUUGCCCAGGCUGCCGAGAGCAGUCAGCAGCUGCAAGACUGCACCGAAGACCGAGCGACUGCGCUCCACUUGGCAGCCUCGGGUGGACACGUCCAUGCGUGCGCAUGGCUUCUGAGGGCAGCGGCUGAUCCAGCUGCACUGACCAAGACGAAGGCUACACCGCUGCACCUUGCUGCCCACGGUGGCCAUCUGGACGUGGCUAAGCUUCUGUUGGAGCCAGAGCUGUUCGACAUUCAGUGCAGUGACACGUGGCCAGACGUGUCCAGCACUGAUCUUUGGCGGUGCACCCCUCUUCACCGCGCAGCCGAAACUGGUGCGACGGAGGUGGCACUGUUCUUGCUGGAGAAGAGGGCAUCUGCUGAGAAGGCUGAUCGCGAGGGCAACACGCCAUUGCACAAGGCAGCCUACUCUGGUUCUGGUCCCCUUGUGCAACUGCUCACCAAGCAAGCUAAAGUUCAGCUGGAUUUCACGAACAAUGAUGGCUUCUCUCCACUGGACAUUUGCGUGCGGGAAAAGCGGCCUGCUGCUGGAGAUGUGCUGGUCUCGGCAGGGGCCAAGUUGGUGAAGGACGUGCGGAAAUCUCCGCCGACACUCCUGACUGCCGCAUGCUCUGGUCUGCCCUUCCUUUGCAGCUACAUGCUUAAGGCGGACCUUCGAACUGUCAAGAAACAGCUGGGAGAGGUGGAUGAUGCUGGACGGUCGCCACUCCUCAUUGCAGCAAGUCGUGGAGAUGCAGCUGUCGUGGAGCGAUUGCUGGAACAUCCGUCUUGCUUGGAGCAGUUGGAGACCCCGGCAAAGGGGGGCCUCACUCCUCUACAUGCAGCUGCCGCUGCCGGGUCCCGCGAUGUACUGGCAGUCCUGCUGGAUCGGUCCGCAAGCUUGCAGCUGCCUGACGGCACGGGGACGUCUGCACUGGGCCAUGCCGCGGGAUCUGGUCAAGUCGAGCUGAUGCACUGGCUCGUCGAGAAUGGUUUGGAGCCCGAUGCUCGCAAUGAUAGCGAGCGAACGGCCUUGCAUCUGGCUGCCGCAUCUGGCCAGGUCUCUGCUUGCGAAGCCUUGCUACAGGCGGCCAAGGAGCCACAAGAGCUCUUGCAAGCACAAGAUUGGGAGGGAGCAACGGCAGCACAUAUGGCCGUCCGAGGCGGUCACGCUUCCGUCUGCAGACUCCUCGGAGCGCAGCGAGCCGACCUCCAGGCCGACUUGGACUUCGGCGUCACGCCCUUGCAGAUCGCCGCCGAAGCAGGACAUCAGGAGGUGCUGCAGCUGCUGCUGGAAGACAUGGCAGGGGAUGCGCAUCCGGAUGCCUUGCACACGGCCUUGACGAAGGGCCGAAUCUCUGACGGCAGAACUCCCUGGCUGCUUGCAGCAGCCGAAGGCCACGUCGCAGGCUGCGAGAGUUUGUGGUCCGCCUCCAAGGCUUGCCACAGCUUGGACCUGCCGUCCUCCCGCGAUCGCGAUGGCCGAACGGCAAUGAUCCUAGCUGCUAAAGGCGGCCAUCUCGGCGUGUGUGUCUGGCUCAUGCAGUCCGGUUGUUCUCCUGACGGACUCCGCGAGCGGGAUGCCUGCAGCUGGACGCCGCUUCAUGCUGCCAGCGCCGAGGGCCAGAAGCCGGUCGUGGAGUGGCUCCUGGAGCAAGGAGCCGACCUGCGUGCUGUGGACGAAGAUGGCCGGACAGCGCGCGAAUGGGCAGAGCUACGGCAGCAGGGUGCAACCGAAUCCGCGGCGACAUUCUGGUAUUUGGUGGCUGCUCUGGAGCUGCUCCUGCACACAGCUUCGACCCUGGAGCUCUAUUCAGGCUCCGUUUCUUUCAAGUGCGAGGGCCCCACGCCGGAGAGUCCCAUCGAGGUGACAGCACCCGUCCAAUACAGCUUGCUGGAGGUGGCGGGACAAGCGUUCACGCUGCUUCUCCUGUGCGCGUCGCUUUGGCUGAACUCACGUGCUGAAUGGCGGACUUGCUGCAGCUGUGAUGCACAGUCUCUCCGCGAUGCCUUCGGUGAGAGCCGCCUUUGCCGGCCAUUGAUUUGCCCGCGGAGCAAGCACCCGAUGCUUUCCCAAGUUUAUGGCAAAGAGUUGCUGCUCAUUUGCUCGCCGUCAGGUGAGCGACCUUUGACUGACCCAGAUCGGUGGGGCCAGGACAGCGACUCUUUGCAGCUUCAGUUCCAGGACUUUGCUGAACCAGCUACUUUGCCCGCUCGUCGCCGAACGAGUCUGCUGGUAGUUGGAGGUCUCGGGAUCGUUCUUCUCCACGGUGCCUCCACCUCGUGUUGGGGAUGCGUUGAUGGAGUCACACUGGGGCGCUCUGGUGGACUCUUUGACGUGGAAGCCCAACUCUUGCUGCUGGGUUCGUGCGGCCGCCACAACGGCAGCGGUAUUCCAUGUGUGCUGGCAGCAUGCUGCAUGGCCGUCUUGUUGCUGGCGCAAACUGUAAUUCUUGCUGCAGCCGGCAAGAGGGACGGCCUGCAAGAUGACGACCAGAUGGCCAUCACAUUGAUGGAUUUCCGCGAGUACCAGGACAACCUGCUCUACGGUGUUCUCGCAGACCAGGAGGUCCGGAGCCAUGUCUGGUUGCGUCCUGAAGGGGACGCCUGGGACUUUGCAGACUUCUUGGAGGAAUCGACAGAAGCAAGUCGCAGCAGCUGGCGAAGGAGUCAGGGCGUCGUCGGGGGCAUUCGAGUGAUCCGCGAGCCAAGCGAAGACGUCUGGAGGUCUGUACACUGCAAAGGCUUGCCGACGGAUGAAGGUCCGUCCACGGUCUACAUCGAGUUCCAGCGACCCGGUCAGCCUGACGAAGCAGUUGCACCACUGCUUCGGCAAAUUGUGCCCGUGGAUUUCCUUCCAGGCGCCUUCGUGUGUUCCCUCAGCGUGGGCAGAAGACAAGCCUGGAACAAUUUGUCCCUGACCUUGUCUGGAGCAGCAAUGGCCCUGAUCCUUUUCGACCUGGGUUUCCACUUGGAGUACUCUCUGCAAGGCACCCUCCUCAAGGACUGCGAAGAUGUCCUCAGCGGCCGCUGUCUGGAGCUCGAGCCGCGAGACCGCAUCAACGUCCGGUCGGCCUUUGGGGUCUAUCUCGCCAUGCUCGGUGCUGUCUGCGAUGCUGAAGCGGCGAUCGCUGUGCUGGCCAUCCUGGGAGCCAGGGAUCACUACGCGGCCAUCGAUGCGCCGCGCGAUGCUUCCGUGGCCGAGCUGCGGCGCUGCUAUCUCAAGGCCUCCAUCCUGGUCCACCCAGACAAAAACUGCCACCCGGACUCCACCCGCGCUUUCCAGCGAGUGGCGGCAGCAUGGGCCACCCUCUCCGACGAGGACAAGCGCCGCGCGUACGAUCGCGAGCUCCUGGAAGGUGACCAGAGCGAUGACAUCCACAUGACGCCAGAAGAAGCAUUUGCAGCUUUUGCCUUUGCUGCAGCUUGUGCAGCCGGUGGCACAGGGGGUGCUGGAGCUGCGUUUGGGGAUAUGGCCGAGACACUGUUUUGGGCACAGCAGCUUGGUCAGAUGAAUAACUGUGGGCAGGGUCUGGCUAUGCCAGUGCCCGGUUUCGGCUUCCCUUCAUCCCCGUAUGCUUCAUAUGCUGCACCAGCAGCUGGGUCUGUGGCUGCAAGCUUUGGUGGCAUCGCUCUCUCCGUUGGCCUUUGGUCUGCGGGUCUGGCCAUCAGCAUUGUUGGUCUGCCGCGCAUCGGUGGCUUCGCUAGGCGCUUGGCGCUGCUGCAAGGCGUCAGCCAGGUGGUCAUUGCCUCGCAGGUGCCCGCUGUCCGCAGUGCUGCAUGCGCAGCUGCAUCGCUGGGAGCGGCCAGGGUGCAGCAAGCAGCAGGAGAUUUUGCGGACCAACAUCCGCAAAUUAGCAACAUCGCCAGCAAGGUCAAGGCUCGCAGCUUCGAGGCUGCAGACUCCCUGCGCCACAUGGUGGACAACCACAUCAGCAUAGACAUGGCUGGUGCAGCUGAGAGGGUGAAGGAGCGCGGCGGUGCGGCGGUGAAACAGGUUCGUCGGCUCGUCGAUCACAGCUGCAGCGCUUCUGACCUCUGGGCGGGGCAAUCCUGCUUGGGAUGGAAUGCCCAGGAGAGCGACAGCGAGGAAGAGGACACAUGGUACGUCCAGAACAUGAGGCUUCGGAGACAGCGCGCCUGGAAGCCUCGGGCAGGGACCUGGGUGAAGCUGUCCAAUCUGCAGAGAGCCCGACACCUGGAAGGCUCCCUGGGGGAGGUUCUGGCUUUUGACCGUGACAGCGGCCGUUACCUGGUGCAGCUUUUCGCUCCCCAGAAUGCACCCAUCUUCCAUGGCGGCUGUCCAGAGCGACUGUUGGAGAUUGGGGAAGUCCUUUUCAUUCUCUUUCUGCGAGAUCUUGGCAGGGGCCCACGCGCUUCACGCGAGGCCCUGUUGGCAGACAGCGAUGAGUCCCCCAAGGCCAAUCCACGAAACGCCUCGGCAUUGCUGCGCGCAGUGGAGAAGCCCGGAGCAGAAGACCAUCGCUCGAGCAUCGGGACGGCGAAGAAUGGCAUGCUCGAGGUCGAUCCGCCUGGCUGGGGGUCCGUGCGGUCACGGCGGACAGGCUCGGAUCUUCAACUCGCCGGCCAGGACAAGGUGGCGUCGGAGCUGCGUGCACAGAGGCUUGACAUCGAGCAGCUCCAGCGGCACAGCUUGGCUCUGCAGGAAGAGAUGGACCAGCAGAAGCAAGUCGUGAAGUGGCUGAUGCUUUCCAACGAUCAGCUCCUAGCAGUGGUCGAGGAGCAGCGCGCUCUCAUCGAGCAGCUACGCUGGGAGACCCGGCCUAGCGGGCCCAGGAUGGCGCCGGCUUCGCUUGGCGACAUCAGUGAGUCUCAGGACGCACUGAAGGACUGUUCGAAGACGUGGGCCUCCACCUUGCAGCAAAGAGAGGAUGCUACUUGA